UCGCUCACUCGUCGUCCGGCGCGCGUCCAAAACGUAGGAGUUGAUUUCUCCUCUUUCUUUUGUUAACCCGUUUCUCACAAACCAAAUUAACCGUCAAGAUGUCUGGACUCGCGGAUCCAGUGGCGUUCGCCAAGGAUUUCGUGGCUGGUGGUGUUGCCGCAGCAAUUUCCAAAACUGCUGUGGCACCCAUCGAGCGUGUGAAGCUAUUGCUGCAGGUACAGCACAUUUCCAAGCAAAUAUCCGAGGAACAACGUUACAAGGGUAUGGUGGAUUGCUUUGUACGUAUCCCCAAAGAACAGGGAUUCCUGAGUUAUUGGCGUGGUAACAUGGCCAAUGUCAUUAGAUAUUUCCCAACCCAAGCUUUGAACUUUGCCUUCAAAGACAAGUACAAGCAAGUUUUCCUUGGUGGUGUUGAUAAAAAUACACAGUUUAUGCGUUACUUUGUUGGUAAUCUUGCUUCUGGUGGUGCUGCUGGUGCUACAUCUUUAUGCUUUGUCUACCCACUUGACUUUGCCAGAACUAGGUUGGCAGCUGAUGUAGGCAAAGCUGGAGCUGAACGUGAGUUCUCAGGUCUUGGUAACUGCUUGACCAAAAUUUUCAAGGCUGACGGUAUUGGCGGUCUGUACCGUGGAUUCGGUGUAUCCGUCCAGGGUAUUAUUAUUUAUCGUGCAGCCUAUUUUGGUUUCUAUGACACUGCCCGUGGUAUGCUGCCAGACCCUAAAAAGACACCAUUCCUCGUUUCAUGGGGUAUUGCUCAAGCCGUCACAACUGUUGCGGGUAUUGUAUCUUAUCCAUUUGACACAGUACGUAGGCGCAUGAUGAUGCAGUCUGGUCGCGCCAAAGCUGAAAUUUUAUAUAAGAGCACCCUUCAUUGCUGGGCUACUAUCUACAAGUCAGAAGGUGGUAAUGCUUUCUUCAAAGGAGCGUUCUCUAAUGUGCUUCGUGGUACGGGCGGUGCGCUCGUAUUAGUACUUUAUGAUGAAAUUAAGAAUCUCCUUUAAGACAAUUAUAACAAUCCUCACCUCAUUACCUUCACAACUACAAUUGCAAGUACCAUCUUUAUUAUUCUCACCAUCCGAUAUCAAAGCAGUAAUCAGACCGAGUGACUUCCAGACUGAUACAGUAUAUAAGCUCUGUCGAGAGAUACGAAAAAUUUUCUGUUGGUAGCUCUUUGUUAAAUGCAUACAACUCGACAGGAUAUGUAUUUUAACUGUAGAAGAGAAUUCGCUUAAUUUAUUGCCGAAUUCAGUAUUUUCUUGCAAGGGUACACAUGUGCUAUUUUCAUAUUCCAUUUUUGUGAGAAACAAAGAGGAAGAUAUAUUUAUAAUAUAUCUAAGGAAUCAAGGGCGUGUAAUUACCUACAUAAUGGAUAUGAAAUGUUUGAUACAUGUGAUUAUGUAGACGAUGGUCGGGACAUAAAGUAGUGAAAGUAAUUACCUAAACAAUAAAGAAAAAAAAUUAAAAAGAAAAUAAAAACCGAAGUAUACAAUUGAACGAGAAGGACGCGCGACGAAAUAUCAUUACGGCGAUGGCGGGGCGCGUAGACUUGGGCCGCCCCCCGCCCUUAUUCUCGGCCCGUUGUAGAUAAUUAAUAAUUGAUCAUAUUAAUGAUAUCCAUGAAGUUCGUCGAGUUUCAGUGAACAGUAAUUUAAUUUCGCACUUCAAACAACUACGUGUAAGAUAAUGAGAAGCGUUACUUUUGAGUGCGUGCAUCCAAUAUGUUCAUGUUAGGAUGUAUGCAAAAAAGACGACAAAAUCAAUAAAACUGAUAUAAAAUUCA